AUGGCUGGGAAGGACACCAACAUCUGCAUACGCGAGAGAGUGGCAAACCAUCUAGCGUUAAAGCAGAUGACUCCUCCUACAUCUGCACUCUUCAGGCGAAGAGGCCAGAAGCAACAUGCUGGAGGGCUGUGUCGCUCGACCCUGGUUGUAGUGAUGCCAAAGGAGCGACCUGACGCCAAUCGACCGUCCGUCUAA